AUUUAUAGUAACAUAGGAAAAUCCAAGUUACUUUCUAUAAAAGCGAUCGCAACCCGCUAUUCGGACUUUUUCUCCAUGCAAAUUGGUUGGAUACAUAACUAAAUUCUACAAAAUUGUGAAGGUUAAACGUCUAUUCUACCCAUUUCAAGACUCUGAGGAAGAUAUUACCAUGGGUGUUAAGGCAAAUCCACUACCUGACGAGGAUGACACUAAGAAUGUACAUAUCAACGAUCUAAGCGAGGAUGACUCAAGUGGGAGUUCGGAAUCGGAAUCAGAAAAUGAGGCUGGUGUAUGUAAAGAAUCCAGCAAGGAAGCUGGAGAUGUUACCCGAGGUGUGCCAUCUUCAUUUGUUCCUAUCGAGGACGAUAGAAUGUCGGCUAUGUCGGCUGAUCAGUUAGCAUCUACACACAGUACAACACACGGUAACGCGAAGACAUUCAAGAGCCACAGGGCUGAAACGCGAUCAGCGGAAGAGACUUGCAAUCAAAAUCAGGGGUUAUCUUCUGCGAAAGACAAUACACCUAGUGACCGAAACAGCGGUGUUGACAAAGACACGUUACGUCAGUGGAUAAAAUCUACUGUUAAAAAUGUUUUACAAAGUAAAAAACCUAAGCAAUGGAAAAGCAUUGACGGUGUUAUAGUAUUUAAUCAAAGAGAUUAUGAACAUGUAUUGCAGUUUAAGAGGUUUAUUGAAGAUGUUAUGAGAACGGAACAUGAACAUAUAAGGAUAGAAUUAUUUGAAAGUCAAAAAUUUAUUCAAUCUAAAGUUCGAAAUGUGGAAGAUAUUAUUUCAAAAUGUUGUGUAAUAUUCGUGUUUUUGACUGAUAAUACAAAUACGCCUGAUAUUAAUUUCUUUUGUGAAGAGGCUAUUGGACGACUUCGUCUUGAUCCAUGUAACCAGAGUGAAAUUGCUUCCGCAUUUGCCUUAGAUACACCUUCAAGGUGUUUACUUCAACCAGUUCAUACAAAGCCAAAGCAUUUACGAACUUAUUCAACACCACCGGGGCUAUUCUCUAUUAAUGCAGUUGACUGGUUUGACAUAACGUCUUCGUUUACACGUGAUAAAAUAAUACAACUUAUGAAAAGUGCAAAGAAGCUUAGAAAACGCCAUGAAACUGAAGUUAACACUAAUCGGGAAUUCCAGCACAUUUAUCGUGAACAACAAACAUCUACAAUUCCAGCAUCAAGUCACACUCGUAACUUUAAUGGUACAACUGAACAUGUACAAACUGUGCCGUUUACUUCAGUGCCGGCACCACCAACUCGUCAAUUCCCACCAUACCAAGGAAAUCAUCAUGUUCAAUUAGAUACACAAGACACCUUUAAAACAAAGCAGGAUGAAGAAAUGAUAAGACAAUCGAGGAUGCUCUUGCAUGAGAAUGACGAUCAUUUGUAUAGACACAAUAUACCUCUAAAUCAUAAUAACGGCAAUGUUUCCCAUUCACCUUUUUCGGUUAACCAGACAAGUACAGGUGGACAUCAACAUGGGCAUUAUUAUGAGGCAAUGCCAUCUAACACAUUUCACAUGGUACCGAAUUUGACCAGAACCACGCCAAAUAAUAAUGUCAAUAGUUAUGAUUAUGCUAGAAGAGAUACUCAGUAUGUUCUACAUGAACAAAACCUAACACCGGCCGCAAACGGUAGAGUUAACCAACAGGCUUUUGCAGAACCGACGUUAAAUACGAUGCAAAGUGCGACAAAUGGUCAGCAUCUAGGUGCAUACGGUAAUCGUGCGUACCCAACAGACUAUUCACACCAUCAUGGAUAUCAUCGAAACGGAGCUAAUUUCUACCACAAUCUACCUCCCCAUCAUCACCAGCCUCACUACAGUUUAACCAGCCAUGAAUGUGAAACAAGCAUUCCCCAUGCAAGCCGUCAGCACCAGCCUCAAAACAGUGUAUCCAGACAUGACGGUGAUACAAAUGAAAUCCAUUCUAGUCGCCAACACCAGCCUCAAUACAGUGUAACUAGUCAUGACGGUGUCACUAGCAAUCCCCAAUCCAGCCGCCAACACUCAUUUCUACAUGAAGACACUCAUAAUACACCUUUGAACUCCGAGCUGACGGUUGUGUCAAAGGUCACAGGAAAAUUAAUCAUAAACCCAGAGCUUUCAACAGAUGAUGUUGAAAUAGACACAGAGCACUCUUCACGGUCGAAUCAUACAGCAGCAAUUGACACUCUCCAUAAAUACAAUAGCGAGGACAAAUUUGCUGCAACUAAAGAUGACGAGUACCUUACAGAGGACCAAACAUCAGAGUCAUCUACCUGUGAGUCUGACAGCGGUGACGUGGGCGAGUCUGACAGCGAUGACGAGGGCGAGUCUGACAGCGAUGACGAGGGUUUUGCUAAAUUCUUUGUGAACCACCCUCAUGGCGGUAAAACUGUCAAUAUUGUUGGCAGUUCUAUAGUGCAGAUAGGCAGCAAUAACAGUGUAUCUAGCACCACCAUUGGCGAACGGAAAAGUGGCUUGAAAGGUAAAUAUCAAGAAAAUUCAUCGAUGAAAACAAAUGGUAAUAGAAAGACAAAUUGGGACGAGAAAUUCAACAUUAUAGAUGGUGAGGUAUCUAAUAGACCAACGACGCCUAAUAAAGAAAACGAUGUCUCUAACAGCCAUAUUGAUCGUGGAAAGGAAUCGGAAAACGAUGUCUCUAACAGCUAUAAAUAUCGUCGAAAGGAUUCGGAAAACAACUAUCUAGACGAUGAAAACACAACAAAUGCAAGAUCAAGAUUUACAUCAAACAUACAUGUCGAUGAUUUUAUUUCUGAUUCUGAAUUAUUUUCUGAUGGUUCUUCAAUAUCCGAACGAACAUUUUCAUUUAAUCAGAUAAAAAAUACAAAGAUGAAAAGUGAUUGUUUAAUACAGGGUUUUUUACGAGGACCAUUUUCUAAAAUUAAACUUAGUCUUUGUCAGUCAAAUUCUAAUUCCGAAGUAGAUUAAUGUUAUAAACUUAAGUCUUAAUUAUUUAGCACCGAUAAUCCGAGUAUCGUUAUAAUCUGAAAUUGGUUUUAAUUAUAACCAAUAAAUAAUCUCAAGAUUUUGUAGAUGACGGCUCAACGGGUAACCACAACUGACUGCUAUAAGCCAGUCUAUACAAUCAAUAACCAUUAGUAUAUAUAUUUGAGUGAUUAUUUUUUUCUCAAUUAUUAAAGUUUAAUAAAAUAUUACAAAAAAUAUGUUGGUUUAAUCACUUUGAAUCUGUGUUGUGAAAAAUAAAGAAAAUAAACUCAAUGGAAAUAAUU